ACUGCAUUCCGACAACUAAUUUGGACACGCCGGACUCUGGGUGGCGGAGCACGGUAGGUCGCUUACUGAUCACACCGCCGAGGGUACACAAGUCUGAUACAACCGGAAGUACUUCAAUUCGUGGGACUCGCCAUUUUUCACGUGCAUACUCUGAAGAAUCACUCAGCCUGAUAAGGGAAACUGAAUUUGGGUAUAGCGCGCUCCGUGCUUAUCCUUCCAUGGUACCUGGAACGAUAGCCAAGUUCACUCCAAUCCGAGACGACGCUGAUGCGGAAGCAUUUCAAAUUAGCAAAAAUGGACAGGAGAUACUGCAUCACAUUCCAUUCGGCCAACAAAAUAUGUGUAUACCAAAACCAAAAGCAUCCAGAACAAAACCCCAUGGAGCAACAUCAAACGCUUCGUUUUACAGUCCUCUGAGUGUAGCCACCACUGUCCAACUAUCUUACCCCACAUUCCAAUCCAUGUGUUAUGGCCAAACUACUAUGGAAAGUGACCGCGAUCAAUACGAACAUUUUGAGUUAGGCCCAAAGGAUGUAUGCACAAAUGAACCGCAGGUGGUUGGAUGGAAAUCCAAGUUUAUUGAUACAUAUGCAGAGAACAGUUUCGUUUAA